GAUGUUUCUCUUGUGGUUCCUUCCGCAGGCGGGAUUUGCAGCAUGACCAAAUCGUACAGCGAGAGCGGGCUGAUGGGGGAAGGCCAGCCUCAAGGUCCCCCGAGCUGGACUGACGACUGCCUCAGCUCCCAGGACGAGGCGGACAAGAAAGAGGAGGACCUGGAGGCGAUGCACACCGAGGAGGACUCGCUGAGGAACGGCGAGGAGGACGACGAAGAGGACGACCUGGAGGAAGAGGAGGAGGAGGAAGACGAGGAGGAAGAGGAGGAGGAAGACGAGGACGACCCGAAGCCCAAGAGGCGCGGCCCCAAAAAGAAGAAGAUGACCAAGGCGCGCCUGGAGAGGUUCAAGCUGCGGCGCAUGAAGGCCAACGCCCGCGAGCGGAACCGCAUGCACGGCCUCAACGCCGCCCUGGACAACCUGCGCAAGGUGGUGCCCUGCUACUCCAAGACGCAGAAGCUCUCCAAGAUCGAGACGCUGCGCCUGGCCAAGAACUACAUCUGGGCGCUCUCGGAGAUCCUGCGCUCGGGCAAGAGCCCGGACCUCGUCUCCUUCGUGCAGACCCUCUGCAAGGGCUUGUCGCAGCCCACCACCAACCUGGUGGCCGGCUGCCUGCAGCUCAACCCGCGGACUUUCCUGCCCGAGCAGAGCCCCGACGGGCCCGCCCACCUGCCGCCCGCCGCCGCCGCCGCCGCCGCCUUCCCCGGCCACCCUUACGGCGCCUACCAGUCGCCCGGGCUGCCCAGCCCGCCCUACGGCACCAUGGACAGCUCCCACCUCUUCCACCUCAAGGCGCCGCCGCCGCCGCCGCACUCCUUCGGCGCCGCGCUGGAGCCCUUCUUCGAGAGCGCCCUGGCCGAGUGCGCCGCCGCCGCCGCCGCCGCCGCCAGCCCUGCCUUCGACGGGCCCCUCAGCCCGCCGCUCAGCGUCAACGGGAACUUCUCCUUCAAACACGAGCCUGCCAACGACUUCGAGAAGAGCUACGCCUUCGCCAUGCACUACCCGGCCGCCGCCGCCGCCUCGGCCCACGGCUCCCUCUUCUCCUGCUCGGCCUCCCGCUGCGAGAUCCCCGUGGACACCCUCCUGCCCUACGAGAGCCAUGCCCAUCACGAGCGAGUCAUGAGCGCCCAGCUCAACGCCAUCUUUCACGACUGA